AUGGAAUGCUCCUCUAAUAAAGUCGACACAAUGGUUGCGAGCUUACAGUCCAGGCGCAAAGCAUUGGAAUCUAAAAUCACCGAAAAGAAUCGUGAAUUAAAACGAUUAUGCAUACAAGAAGCAGAAUUGACGGGCAGCUUACCUCCGGAGAUCCCAUUAGAUCCCGGCGAAACACCACCUACAUUCCGCCGACGUGUUGGAACAUCAUUUACUUAUCCUGAAAAUUUAAUAAAUAAACUGAAAUUUAAAGACGAUGAAACUUUGGCUUCACUGGAACUAGAGUAUAAAAUCCAAAAAGGGAUUGCCGAAGCUGCUUUAGGACUUGCUAAUGAUGAAACUGCCAAUAAAUCUGUGCGACGUAAACAUAGAAUGAUGUAUCAACAAAGUCAAAAUAGAAUUAUUGAACUCGAGACAAGAAUAAAUUUAUGCAAUAAUCAAAAAGUAAAAAAAAAGCCUCGCCCUGAGAGCAGUUACACAACAGAUUUUGUGAAUAAUCAUAGUGUAACUGAUGGUAAUUUUGUUGUACCUAAAGAACCAAAUGUACAAUCUCUGAUCCCAAAAGUUUUAUCUCACAAAAGUAAUUUAAGGCAGUCACAAUCAUACAACAAAUUCCCUGGUCAAAGAAAUUCUCAUGACCCAAGAAUUGGAAAUGGGCUACAUAACGCAUGGAAUACUCAUGAACACAUAUCCAGUUCUAAUAUGCAACCAAUGCUACUACCAAGAUCAACAAUAAGUUUAGAUAAAGAUCAUGUAACUUAUCCUAAAGAUAAUGGUGUAUUUUUUAAUAAUAAUUCAAAUUCCACAAAUUUGCCAUCCAGUCAUGAAUUGUCCAGUAAGAUUAUUGAACAAGAUUCCACAUCUAAGUAUAGAGACAGAUUUGGAAGUUUAGAUAGGCGACACACUACAAGGAGUUCUAGUUCUCGAAGUAAUAGUAGUGUUGAUCAUGAACCUCCAGUUGCACCUGUUGUGCCACGGCAUACAAAUUCACAGCAUCCCACAACUACUAUUUUAUUACCAAAUCAAAUGUACCCAGAAAAUAGUUUGAUGAGAACUCACUCUCUGGGUAAUAUUAAAAAUGAAAAUCAGCAACAAACAGAAAAAGGAUUUACAGAUUUAAGUCAGAUAUCAUUGUCUGAAAGUAGAAAAAAUUCCGAGAAAAAAUGGAUUGAAACAUCACUAGAUAGUAGUAGUGUUGAGUCUGGGCCAACACUUACCCAUGACUUACCGCCUCCUAUCAAAAUGCAUACACCUCCAAUACAACCUGAAAAUCACCCACUUCCGUACGACCCACUAGUCAAUCAUUUUGACACUGUUCCAUUUGAAUCACCAAAAAAUCAUACGGUUGUUCAGGUUGGAAAGUGGCAACCAUAUCGUGAAGUAACUAAGCCAUUUGAAAUGUCUGAUUUUUAUAAGUACAGUACAAGAUUUAGGAAACCAUCUGCAAAUUCUAAUAGUGCUUCCCCAGAAAUAGUUCUAACUACAACUAACCCAUCACCAACACCAUCCUUGCCACCACAACCAGCAUUACAAAAUAAAGGAAUUUAUCAACCUUUACAACCUCACAAUUGUCAUCCAUUGGUACCUCAAAACGUUUCAUUAAUGGAAGAAACAGUUUGUCCCAUUGAUUCAUUUGAACCCAAUAAUGAAUUAUGUUUAGAUGAAAGUGUAUUUGCUAAUGAAAUGUUAUCUUGGUAUCAAGAUGAAGCUACACCCCAAUCUAGAACUGCCACGUUGGUGUGA